AUGGUUCAGAACGCAGGAAUGACUAAUCACCACCUCCAUGGAGACCGUGAUGAUCAGUUUAAUGUGUCACAUUUCUCUGUGGAGCUGGGUGGUGGUUUGAGUACUGGCUCUGCUGCUCACAGCCAGUGUUCAGGUCCCAGGAUGAAAAAUGCUAGGAACUUGCAUGAACAGUGGCUGGAUUUGUUGACUGAAGUUAUAGGCUGUGCUGGGCCCACCAAACUACACGUUCUUGGCCAACAGACUUCUGUUGAGCAAGACAAGCUGGGUCAAGCCUUUGAAGAUGCUAUUGAAGUACUAAGGCAGCAUUCAUCCGGAGAUCUUCAGUACUCCCCAGAUUACAAAAAUUACCUGGCUUUCAUUAACCAUUGUCCUCACAUCAGAGGGAAUUCCAGCUGCUAUGGAGUGUUUCCUACAGAGGAACCUGUCUAUAAUUGGAGAACCGUGAUAAACAGUGCUGCAGACUUCUAUUUUGAAGGAAAUAUUCAUCAACCUCUGCAGAACAUAACUGAAAAUCAGUUCAUAGAACCUGCUGUCUUCCAGCAGAAGGGAGGAAAAGGCAGGAAGAAGCUCAGGCUGUUUGAAUACCUUCACGAGUCCCUGUGCAGUCCCGAGAUGGCAUCUUGUAUUCAGUGGGUAGAUAAAAACAAAGGCAUCUUUCAGUUUGUAUCAAAAAACAAAGAAAAACUUGCUGAACUUUGGGGGAAAAGAAAAGGCAAUCGGAAGACCAUGACUUAUCAGAAAAUGGCCAGAGCCCUGAGGAAUUACGGAAGAACUGGGGAAAUCAUCAAGAUCCGGAGGAAGCUCACCUACCAGUUCAGCGAGGCCAUUCUCCAAAGACUCUCUCCACCUCAUUUCUUGGGUAAAGAGAUCUUCUACUCACAGUCUGUUCAACCUGAUCCAGAAUAUCUCAGUUUAAAUAACUGGAAUGCCAAUUUCAACUGUGCACAUGCCAAUUACCAUGAGCUAAGUUACCCUGAUUGCUAA